AGGGAAAUAAAGCUUAUGUUGGCCAAACCAGAACUACCUGAUGAGAUGGAGGAUCCUAUAUCACCAUUUCAGAUGUGUCGUAUGUUAUUAGAUCAAAUGGGACUGAUGUCAUGGGAAAAAAGAUGUCAGUUUGAUUUACUGAAGAAGACUGAUAAAUUGUUGAGAGAACUUAAAAAUUUGGACAACCAAAAAUGUCGGGAAACUCACAAGAUAGCUGUCAUUUAUGUUGCUACUGGUCAAGAAGAUAAGAAUUCUAUUUUAUCGAAUACCUCUGGUAGUCGGGACUUUGAGAGCUUUGUAGCUGGUCUAGGUUGGGAGGUGGAUCUGGAGUUACAUCAGGGAUUUAUAGGUGGUUUACAGAAAAAUAAAACAACAGGUGAUACAGCUCCAUACUACGCAACAUCAACCUGUGAAGUAAUAUUUCAUGUGUCGACUAGAAUACCUGUUGGUACAGAUGAAUCAAAACAUGUCAAGAUGCGACAUCUUGGUAAUGAUGAAGUACAUAUAGUAUGGUCUGAACACACUAGAGACUAUCGACGUGGAAUAAUACCUACAGAGUUUGGUGAUGUUAUAAUCAUUAUAUAUCCUUUAAGUUGUGGUUUAUACAGAAUACAGAUCAACAGAAAAUCAGAGGUGCCAUAUUUUGGACCUCUAUUUGAUGGUGCAAUAGUAGACAGUAAAGUUUUACCUGGUCUGGUUCGAGCUACAGCCAUUAAUGCUAGUCGUAUUAAGCGAUCACUUAUGCCUUUCUUUCAUUCUUUUUACGAGGAGCGUGCCAAGUGCCUGGAGACAAUCAUACAACAGAAUACAGAAAAUACAACAUUUGAAGAUUUUGCAGCUUAUAUUUUUGCCCCAGUUUUACCCACAAAUUCAGCAAUUGUGGAUACAACAGUGCCCUCAGAAACAAGUAGUGGUAGUUUAUCAGAUACUAUAUUAUCAGAUAUAUCAGGCGUGGCUUCACCAUCUACAUUACGACAGGGCCGAGGCGGUGAUUCUGGCCCGGAGAAGAUCGAGCGUGAAAAAUCGGAUUCAUCAAUUUUACGAACUGCUAAACGGUUCUCCAUGAAAGCUCGUAGGUCAUCAACGCAUCGUAUGAGUACCUCCAACUCUCCCCCAGAGACACCCACUCUUUCAAAAAGUAAAGGAAGCGUGAAAGAAAAGAAGAUAAUAACCAAAGAAAUGCAUAUUUAAGUUGCAUGUACAAAAGUAGCUUUUAUUUAUUAAUUGUCGAAAGCAGUUUUAUUUUUUAACACAGGGACCUCUUGUACUUAUGUGAAAAAAAUAAUAAGAAUAAAUCAUUGCUGAUAACAGGAGAAUACCCUCCUUAUUAAUUUGUUAAUCAUAAAAAACGCAAGAGAUUUUUUUUUAUGUUAACCAUUACAUUGCAAAACAAAAUGUUUAACAGGAUUUGGGUAAAAAAUGAUGUCUAUUUUCUAAAUGAACUCUAUUUAAUAUCAUUUUCUGUUUCUAUUCAUGAAGUAGAAACUGUAUAUUUUCUAAAAGAACUCUAUUUAAUAUCAUUUUCUGUUUCUAUUUAUGAAGUAGAAACUGUAUAUUUGAGACCGAAACUGUAUAUUUGAGACCGAAACUGUAUAUUUGAAACCUAAAAUGUUUUCUUAUUGCCAGUCCGCUUUUCUAAAUUCAAAAAGAUAUUAUUAUGAUAGAUAAAGUAACAUGUAUUUAAUAGUUGUAGUUACAUAUUAUUAACUUAAACGACAUUUUAUUAUUAAAGAAUUAUUUUUUUAAAUAUACCACUCAGAUUGUGUCAAAAUUGAUUUAAAAUGUGCAAUAUAAAUGACAAUACAAUGGGAUUGUACUUGUAGGCACUUGCAAGAAUUUCCCCCUAACAUGUAAUUUAUUAUAUAUAUAUAUAUUAUUUUUUUUCAAAUAUGGACAAAUCUAACAAACCGUUCUUUGUAUUUAACUUGGUGCCGUGACCAGGAUAUUUUCUAAAAUCAUCAGAUUUUAAAGGUAACUUAAUUCGUUUAUUUAUUUUAUUUAUUUUUUCGACUUUGAGCUUCAAUCAGUCGGUCUCUUGCAAAAAGUCUAAAUCUUACAUGUGUUGAAAUGUUUGGUAAGACCGAUUAGAGGGGAAGAUGUAUGUAUUUAAGAUCUUAAUACAUAAAAUGCCUAAAUUUGAAGAGUAGGGAAUAGUAUUUAAUAUUUAGCCAUUUCUACUAAAUAAAUAUAUAUAUACUCAUACUACCAAUGUACAUAUAUAUAUUAUCAUAGUUAUACUUGCACAUAUAAUAUUUUUAGCUAGAAAUUUAGAAUCUCUACUAUGGCUUAUUCAUAAUUAUACAGUUGUUAUUGUUGUCCUGUAUUAAUUUGCACCAUGUUUCACUAAUCAUGAUUCUAAAUUGGCAUAGCCGACUCGAUAGAUGUAUCGUAUAGUUGGAUAAUUUGACGGCAUUGUUUAAAGACAAAGACUUUAGUGGAAAAUGUUAUUCUGAAAAAGCUUUCGUGUUUUAUAUCACAUAGCUAACAAGUACCUAUAUUUUUUUUAAAGCACGUUCUCUAUCUUAAUAUUAAAGCGUAUGAUGUACUGGAUUAUUUUUAUGUAAACAUGAUGUGUUGUAAAUUGAUUUAUUUAUAUAAAAGUGACAUAUUUAUUUUAUAAUGAUCAGUAUUUGUAACAAUGAAACUGCAGGUUUCAUUAAAUGAAAAAUGUCCCUCGUCCUUUUUGACCUAAUUCUUUUUCUAGUUUUUAUCUAUCAGAACAUGUAUACUUUGAAUUAUAACAAUUUCCGGCCCUUUCUCUGAUUUUGAAUACAUUGUUAAUUAAAAUGAAACUCAAAGUUAGGUGUAAAGUUCGAUUCCCGCUGGCAUCAGUCAUAUGAAUUUUUGUUUCAGUCUAGCUGGAUCAAAAAGAAGCACACAUUGUAUUUGAUCACCAUGUAAGUCUUGUGUUCCAAUAUUAAGCCCCAUUCACACCUUAUGGAAAGUGUGACCUAGUCUUGAAUCAAUCUACUGAAAGAGGUAUCAUUUUGUAUUUCAACGAGCACUUAUGUUUUUUCAUGAUAAAAGCAGAAAAGCCCAGCUGGAUAAACAAAUAAAAUGUUUCCGAACACAGGAAUUCUUUGGAAGGACUGAAUUAAAUUCCAGAGGACCAAGACAACUACAUGUACGUUUAUUAUAAAACACAGCUGGGACAUGUCAUUCCGAUUGAUGCCUAGUGGGAAUAGGACCUCAAUCAAUAUUAAAAAUCUGAUAGCAUUAGUUGUUGAUUUGGUGUGCGUGCACAGUAACAUGUACCAUGCGACCCGCUUUACCAAACACUGAUGCAGGCUUACGAUAUCGUUCUUAAUAUUUGAGCAUGCCUAUAUAAUCGAUUUAUCGAAUAACUUGUACUAUUAUUGUCAAAAUUGGUUGUGAAGAGACAAACAUAAAGCAGCAUUGAGCUUAGUUUUAGUAUUCCUUCCCAAACGAAACCACGUGAAUAUUAAACUUGUUGUGACAAGUUACCUAUAUAACUCAUAAGUAAAUUGUAUUUGUUGAUUGAUGUUUUAGUCUAGAUUGUUGUUGUUGUUGUUGUUUGAAUUUAUUUAUUCAUUAAAUUUUGAUAAUAUAUUGCUAAUAUUAAAUUUGUUCAUUGGAAUAAAUAUUUCAAUGUA